GUUGCCAAGUCGGAAUUUCCCAAUGUUUUGAUGCGUCUCCACACGUUCUUGUGAAACUCCGGAUAAUUUUUGCCUAAAUUUCCCUCAAUGUCCUGAGUUCGGAAAAGAUCAUGACGACCGUAGCAGGCAGCUUGAUGCGAUCCCUUGGAGCCGUGGCACAGGGCAUGGUGCAGGCGACACCCAUGGCUCUGAGGGGGGUGUCUCAGGGCCUGGCAGCAAGGGCCACACCGACCAGUGCCACCUGGACGCCUCAGGUCACUAGCGUUCGGCACAGGUAUCACGCAGACAAGCUGAAACAAGGGCCAUUGAUGAAGAACUAUGGGUAUGAGGACAGGCUCCACACGAAAGGACUGUUGCCACACAUGGAGCACGGAAGGAGGCUGCCCAUACCCAUAUACCGACCCAAGAACGGCUGGUCUGAGAAGCGAGCUCUCUUCGGCCAGAAUGAUUAUAUUGACAUCUUGGGAGACGGGAGCCUAAAGCCCACCGACGUCUCCUACUCCGUGCCCUAUUGGCUUCGUGGCUUCAAGGGCAAUGAGUACCAGAUGCUCUUGAGGAAGCGAAAGUUCUUCCAUGCCCAGAUGGGGCAGUAUCAGCCCACGAAGUUAACCGAGCUGAACAAACGCAUCCGCAAGCUGUACGUGCAUCUUAAUCAAAAGACGAAGGAUUACUACUGGCAUAAGGCGUAGUUUUUUAUACUUUUUUUGCACUUGUGUUUUUCUUUAUUAUUUUUUUUGUGGGUUGGGUGUGUGUAGGAAGGGUCUUUGACUUUUUUUUUUUCAUUAUUAUUGUUUUUAGUUUUUAUAAGGAUUUUUUUAAAAAUUUCAUUUUCCAUUUUUACAAAAUGUAUAUAAUUUUUUUUCAUUUCGAUAUUUAGAAUAAAGAAGCAACAUUUCUGUUUUUCAUUGCAUUGGGAAGUGAAAUACAUCCUGCUUUUUUGUUAAUUAAGACUGUUAUUUGUAUAGUCUUUUUUGCUAUAGAACUGUAUAUAAAACUUUGCCAAAUAAAAUUUGGUUGUAGAAGAA